AUGCGUGGUGAAUUGAAUGAAUUGCAAGCUCUAUUUUUGAAAGAUUUCCCUUUUGCUUAUUACAUUCAUUGUCUUGCUCAUCGAUUAGAAUUAGCACUUAUUUCUGCAGCCAAAGAAGUUUGCUAUGUUCAUCAAUUCUUUUCAAAACUUACACUAAUUGUGAUUGUUGUGACUGUUUCUCCUAAAUGUCAUGAUCAGUUAAGGGUUGCUCAAGCAAGUAAUGUUGCAAACUUAAUUGCCAAUGAUCAAAUUGUGACAGAGUUAUGUCAAGGAUUAAUGAAGACAGGAAAGUCUUUUACAUAUCAUUUGAUUGAUCGUUUGAUUCGCUUGGUAUUAACUCUCCCUGUUUUAACUGUUACAAUUGAGAGAUCAUUUUCAGCUAUGAAUAUUGUAAAGAAUAGACUUAGAAACAAAAUAGAAGAUGAAAUUCUUACUAAUUGUCUUUUGAUUUACAUUGAGAAAAUUGCUGAAAGAUUUGACACAGAUUCUAUCAUCAAUGAAUUUUAUGAUAUAAAGAAUCGAUGGUCCCAAGUUGAGGAGAAGAAGAACGUGCACACCAAAGAAACCAGUGAGCUUGUGCCGGCGGCAAAGGACAGAACGUUUAAGGCCCCAGAAAACAAUGCAUUUGGCCAAUCCUUCAGGGAUUAUGAUAUUGAAAGUGAAAGACAAAAAAGUGUGGAAGAAUUCUAUAAAUUGCAACACAUUAAUCAGACAUACGAUUUCGUAAAGAAAAUGAGGGAGCAUUAUAAAAAAUUGGACAAAGCAGAAAUGAGUAUAUGGGAAUGUUGUGAGUUACUUAAUGAAGUAGUGGAUGAUAGUGAUCCUGAUUUGGAUGAACCUCAAAUUCAACAUUUGUUGCAAACUGCAGAAGCUAUUAGAAAAGAUUAUCCUAACGAAGAUUGGUUACAUUUGACUGCUCUCAUCCAUGAUCUUGGAAAGAUUCUUCACCUUCCUCAAUUCGGUGAGCUUCCUCAAUGGGCUGUUGUUGGGGAUACCUUUCCUGUUGGUUGUGCCUUUGAUGAAAAAAAUGUUCACCACAAGUAUUUCAAGAAAAACCCAGAUAGCAAAAAUCCUGCUUAUAACACUAAAGAAGGAGUCUAUAGUAAAGGGUGUGGAUUAGACAAUGUACUCAUGUCAUGGGGACAUGAUGACUAUAUGUAUAUGGUAGCAAAGGAAAAUGGAACCACUUUACCUUCACCUGGGUUAUUCAUUAUUAGAUAUCACUCAUUUUAUCCUUUGCAUAAGGAGGGAGCAUAUACUCAUCUCAUGAGUGAAGAAGAUUUUGAGAACUUGAAGUGGCUUCACAUUUUCAAUAAAUAUGAUCUCUAUAGCAAAAGCAAAGUUUUGGUGGACGUUGAAAAAGUGAAGCCAUACUAUCAAUCACUUAUUGACAAGUAUUUCCCAGCAAAGUUGAAGUGGUGA